AUGACGGUACACUUCUACUCGGCUGGAAAAGGGCUUGAUCAGGGACCUCUAAUAUCUGCUAUAUCCGUAACUCCAGAGUACAAGCUACGCAAACGACUAUCUCCCCUGCACAUAGCGCUCAUUGCUGUGGCUUCAAUCAUAGUUUUUGUGUUGCUUUUAUUGCUUUUUGCCUGGAUGAUGGGAUGGCUGGGUACAGAUCACUUACAAGAAAUAGAUAUAGGUCUAGAAAAGCCUGUUACCCUCAAACAAUUAAAAGAUGUUACUCGGAAUUUUAGCAAGAGGAACGAGAUUGGUCAAGGGGGUUUUGGGACCGUUUACAAGGCUGAAGUGCAAGGGAAAAUUGUAGCUGUGAAGAAACUUUCCUCUCAUUCAGAGGAAAGGAUCAAUCAGUUGAAAAAUGAGUUUUAUACCUUAAAAUCAAUGAGUCAAGAGAACCUUGUUCAGUUGCUGGACGUUUACAAUGCAAAAGGCCUGCAUUUGCUCAUCUAUGAAUAUAUGCACAACAACUCUCUUGCACACGCCUUAUUCGACUCAAAGUCAAAACUGAAACUUGAUUGGGAAGCUAGGUUUAACAUUUGCUUGGGAAUAGCUAAGGGAUUGGUGUAUCUACAUGAGCAUCCCAGGCUGAAGAUGGUUCACAGGGACAUUAAAUCAGCUAAUAUUCUUCUCGAUGGAAACCUCAAGGCUAAAAUAUCAGACUUUGGAUUGGCAAGCCUUUACACCGAAGAUGAUCAAUUCAAGUUCAUCAAAGUAGAAGUGCCACAGGGAUAUAUGGCACCUGAGUAUGUUCGAGGAAUUGUGACAUCUAAAGCUGAUGUCUACAGUUUCGGGGUGGUUAUACUUGAAACUGUUAGUGGAAGGACAAAUGCAGGGCACAGGCGAGAUAGCCAGGAAAGUGAAUUUCUUUUAGACACGGCUUAUGAUUUACAGCAAAAAGGAAGGCUGGUGGACCUGGUUGACAAAACAUUGUCUACCAAGUAUGAUGCAAAACAAGCCAUCAUCAUCUUGAACUUAGCAGUGAAGUGCACCAUUUACAUGUUGCUGAAUUCAAAUUACACCAGUCCUAUGGACGAUGAGGAAAGAAUAGCAUGUGAGGCUCUUAAAAAAUUGGAUGAUGAGAUGAGGAAAGAAGAUGAUGAAUAG